CACUCCUGCCAGGGGAGAAAACAUGUAAGCGCGCCUCCAGAGGAGGGGCACGGGGAGCUGGGAGUGGCGGGGGCGGCGGAAGGUGAGCCUAGGAAGGUGGCCCAGCGCCCCUUCUGCCCGGGCCCCUCCCCGUGCUCCCUUAGGGUGUCAGUCUCCGCUCCGCUUGCCCCCACUCCACCCUCCUUUCGAAGGGAUUGCCUUUUUUUUCCUCUGCGGCGGCGGAAAUGACAGUGUGGUGCUGCGGUGGUGUCAUGGAGCUGCCUCUGGACUGAGAGGCGAAAACUCUUUAAGUUUAGCCCGGGAGACCUAGACGCCGGAACGUCGCGGUCUCCGUGCUGUCUCCCGUGGGGCGCGCGGGCUGGCGGAUCCCGGCUGCUGCGCGGCGGCAACGGCGGCGGCGGCCGCAGCGGAGAAGGCGGGCGGCGGCCUAGAGUGGUGGUGGCGGCGGCGGCGGCAGCGACAGCGGCCCGGGAGCUUGCGCGGGAGCCCGAGCCAGCUUGCUGUGGAGGCCAGCGAGCGCACGGCGCUUCCCGGCGCGCGUAGGAGAUGGCUGACACCCGGGAACAAUAUGGGUGAGAGCCCAGCCUCUGCGGUUCUUAAUGCCUCAGCAGGAUUAUUUUCACUAAAGAUGGAAACACUGGAGUCUGAAUUGACCUGUCCAAUCUGCCUCGAGUUGUUUGAAGACCCCCUUCUGCUCCCUUGUGCUCACAGCCUAUGUUUUAGCUGUGCUCACCGCAUCCUGGUCUCAAGCUGCAGCUCCGGUGAAUCCAUUGAACCCAUUACUGCUUUUCAGUGUCCUACAUGCAGGUAUGUUAUCUCGCUGAAUCACCGGGGCCUGGAUGGCCUCAAGAGGAAUGUGACCCUGCAGAACAUUAUUGAUCGCUUCCAGAAGGCUUCAGUCAGUGGGCCCAAUUCUCCAAGUGAGAGCCGUCGGGAGAGGACUUACAGGCCUGGUUCCGCCAUGUCGAGUGAGCGAAUUGCAUGUCAGUUCUGUGAGCAGGACCCUCCGAGAGAUGCUGUAAAGACAUGCAUCACCUGUGAGGUCUCCUACUGUGACCGGUGCCUUCGGGCCACACACCCCAACAAGAAACCUUUCACGAGCCAUCGCCUGGUGGAACCAGUUUCAGACACACAUCUUCGAGGGAUUACCUGUCUGGACCAUGAGAAUGAGAAGGUGAACAUGUACUGUGUAUCUGAUGACCAAUUGAUCUGUGCCUUAUGCAAACUGGUGGGUCGUCACCGAGACCAUCAGGUCGCUUCUCUGAAUGAUCGAUUUGAGAAACUAAAGCAAACUCUCGAGAUGAACCUCACCAACCUGGUUAAGCGCAACAGCGAACUAGAAAAUCAAAUGGCCAAACUAAUACAGAUCUGCCAGCAAGUUGAGGUGAAUACUGCUAUGCACGAGGCAAAACUUAUGGAAGAGUGUGACGAGCUGGUAGAGAUCAUCCAGCAGAGGAAACAAAUGAUUGCCGUCAAAAUCAAAGAGACAAAGGUUAUGAAACUGAGAAAGUUGGCCCAGCAGGUUGCUAAUUGCCGCCAGUGUCUUGAACGGUCAACAGUCCUCAUCAACCAGGCUGAGCAUAUCCUAAAGGAAAACGACCAAGCUCGCUUUCUGCAGUCUGCAAAAAAUAUUGCCGAGAGGGUCGCUAUGGCAACUGCAUCUUCGCAAGUUCUGAUUCCAGACAUCAAUUUUAAUGAUGCCUUUGAAAACUUUGCUUUAGAUUUUUCUAGAGAAAAGAAACUAUUGGAGGGGCUAGACUAUUUAACAGCUCCAAACCCACCAUCUAUCCGAGAAGAACUCUGUACUGCUUCCCAUGACACCAUUACGGUCCACUGGAUCUCAGACGACGAGUUCAGCAUCAGCUCCUAUGAGCUUCAGUACACCAUAUUCACUGGCCAGGCUAACUUCAUCAGCCUGUACAAUUCAGUGGACAGCUGGAUGAUUGUGCCCAACAUUAAGCAGAACCAUUACACAGUCCAUGGACUCCAGAGUGGGACACGCUACAUCUUUAUUGUGAAAGCCAUAAAUCAAGCAGGCAGCCGGAACAGUGAACCCACCAGGCUAAAAACAAACAGCCAACCAUUUAAACUAGAUCCCAAAAUGACUCACAAGAAGUUGAAGAUCUCCAAUGAUGGAUUGCAGAUGGAGAAGGACGAGAGCUCUCUGAAGAAGAGCCACACUCCGGAGAGAUUUAGUGGCACGGGGUGUUAUGGGGCAGCAGGAAAUAUAUUCAUUGACAGUGGCUGCCACUACUGGGAGGUGGUCAUGGGUUCUUCAACAUGGUAUGCAAUCGGUAUUGCCUACAAAUCAGCUCCAAAGAACGAGUGGAUUGGCAAGAAUGCCUCUUCCUGGGUCUUCUCUCGAUGCAACAGUCACUUCGUGGUGCGACAUAACAACAAGGAAAUGCUGGUGGAUGUGCCCCCACAGUUGAAGCGUCUAGGCGUCCUCUUGGAUUAUGACAACAACAUGCUGUCUUUCUAUGACCCAGCUAACUCUCUCCAUCUUCAUACUUUUGAUGUUACCUUCAUUCUUCCAGUUUGUCCAACAUUCACAAUCUGGAACAAAUCCCUAAUGAUCCUGUCUGGCUUGCCUGCCCCAGAUUUUAUUGAUUAUCCUGAGCGGCAGGAAUGCAACUGCAGGCCUCAAGAAUCCCCGUAUGUGUCGGGGAUGAAAGCUUGUCAUUAAGUGUCAAGAGAGCAUGUAAGUCGCUGGCUCUCCGGUUCAGCACUUCUGCCCUUCUCAAGCCUCCAUUAGUGCUCCAUAUAUGAGAUACAAACUAAAGUUCGUUGGGAGCACCCAAAAUAACUAGAUAUUGUAGACUUAAUUUUUGUGCAUUGAAACUUAUGUUUGAAUUCAUGUAUUGAGUUACUCAGAACAAAUUAAUCUGAAUGGUCUGGGUUCAUGCCACCAGGGAAGAAUUUUAGAGAAUAUCUCUGGCGUCAUUGGAAAAUUUAAAAUUCCCAGUGAUUUGGGAGUAUAAAUGAUACUGUUAGGAAUUAGCCUUUCUAGCAAUGGCUAGUGUGGCCAGGUAGAAUUUGCACAGUGUCAAAUUAUCACUUAUUGUAUGUCACUUUUUAAUAAACUAAUGAUUGAGGUGUUUUGGGAACAUCAUACAUGUGCAUAUAUAAUAUAUAAAAUGGCUGAAUUCGUUUUAUGAGCAAAAUGACAGAUAAUUUUAUCUAUUACAUAUACACAAUAAACCUUAAUUUGUGCAUUUAUAUAAGAAAUAUAUGGAAAAGGAAAAUAAAUCAUAGUGUCCACUCCUAACCCCUAGGUGAAACAUCACGGUUAGCCAGCAUUUCUCUCUCCUUCCCUUCAAGCCUUUCUUACCUCCCUCUUGUCUCACAUGCACACACAUGCAAUCGAGACACAGGAAGUGAGAAGAGCUCUUGGUUAGAUGAGGAGAGAUCUGGGGAUAUGAUUGUACAGGAGAUGCUAAUGCUACAUAGAAAAUCGAUUCUGGUAGAAGGGUCUUGUGUAGCAUAAUUUCGUUGAUAUUAAUGGAGGAGAUUCAUUUGAAUUGUUAAAAAUGUCAUAGAAUAUUUCAAAGAAAUAUAGUUUUGUUAUUCUCAAAUACAAAGUUACUAGAGUUAGGCUUAAGAAUAGAGUUACAUAAUGGACUUUCUUCAGAACUCGCCUUACUUGAGCAGUAAGAAUGGAGUGUUACAGGUUCAAUACCUAUAUGCAUACAAAUGUACUUAUCUUUUCAGACGAAGCACUCCCGAAAUGCUGUUUUCCUCAAGAGGUUCAAUACUCAUUAGUUUUGGAAUUUUGUUUAUACUCUUCAUUCCCUUGCAUUCCCUCCGUGACAAAUAAAAACAUAAAUUCCAUCCUACUUUUCAUCACAGAAAUUGAGCUUCACAGUCUGUGAUUUCACCAGUUCUGUUUGCAGAGAUUAAUUAGAAAUGCCAGAGAAAUAGAGCCUUCUUCCAGGAGUCAAAUCUACUCCUUGGUACUUGUAAAAUGAUUACUACUGUGUAAUUGUUAAGUGCUAGCAGUGGCCAUUCCCUGGAUUGUAUGUAGCCUUGAUACAGUGUCAAACGUUAGCCCCUCGUUCUACUAGCAUGGAGGAUUCUUAUUUGUUAAUUUGUUCAAUGAUGCCACGUUACUGCUGAUAGAAUGCACAUAUUAGUAAAAUGAAGUCGUUGCUGUCAAAUGUCUCACUCUUAAUGCACAAGAGACGACAUAUCUCUGUGAGUCCCACCUAACGAACCUUCCGGAUUGUUUGCUUACCUACCACAAAAAGCAAGGCCUGUGCCAAUACAAAAGGAAGACUCAGAUUUACACGCCAGGUAACAAACUCAGUUUCUUUGACUUUAAAGGUUAUGCGUACCUUACGGUUCAUCAGGGAAUGAGCAAACUCACUAUAGCUGCCCAUUCUACUUUUGACUGCAGCUUAGACUGCUUUCCUUAUCCCGUCUUUUCUGGUUAACUAGUGAUCUCUGAAAUUGGCUUUGUGGCCCUCCGUGGCUCUCCCCUGGCACACUGAGCACUCUCCACAUCCCAGCAACAAUUAACGUCAUAUCAAUGCCAUCCUUGAAAGGCCCAUUUUAGAGGCACUGUUAGUGAUUUGUUCCUUAAAACAAUUGAUUCUUGGCCCGUGCUCCUGAUAUACUUAAUUAAAGUAUCUGUGAACAUAAGGAAACUUAUAUUUGGGACAUGCUUCUCAGGUUAUUCUGAAUCACACAAAAGUUUAAUGUAUAAUAAUAAUAAUAAUAAUAAUCUUCCCUAGAGUGAGACUAAGUUGGGGGUAAGGGCUGUGGCUUUUAUUGUUGUAUUUUUAAUACCCAGCACAGUGUCUGGAAAAAAGUAGUUGCCUGGCUAAUGCUUGUGAAAGAAUGUAUGAAUGAUCAAAAUUGCUCUGUUUAACUGUGAUGUCCAUUUGUGGUAUUUGUUAUCCUUGGGGGCAAGUUGGUUACUUUUUUAGUCUGUAUUGGUAUUAUUUUGUAAAUGUACCAGGCCUUAUACAUACAAACGAACAUUGUUGCAGAUUGGCAGUUACGGAGAAUCGUCUUUGGAGCAUGUGACAUCAUUCUACCAGUUAUAGCUCAUAUUUUCAUGAACUCCAAUGAACAUUGUUGUUCUUCAAAGGUAGAUUUAAGCUUUAGUACAGGCAGAGUUACACCUACUGAAUAAACAGAAAAAUUAAAUGGGGUUUGUGGGAAACAAGAAGGCUUGGCUCUGAAAUGCUAACUUCUGGGGCACGUAAUGAAAUGCAUUCCAAGAAACAAAAUGAUGGCAAACCCCUCAGAGGGAUAUGUGAGUUCCAGUUAUUGACUUCAGUAAACUUAAGACUUUCCUAGAACACUGGCAAUGGCAGGGACCAGAGGCGUCUGACUCUAGCUAAAGCCAGUUGCACAAAUGGGACAUGACCAUUCUGCAUCUUCGAGAAAGAUGAUUCCAUAACAUGGUUGUUGCUUUACUCGCUCUAACUAUCCUGAACUUUUUCUCCUAGAAAAUUAUUUUCUGUCUGCAAUUUAUGCUUGUUUCCACUUUUUAUAUCGUCUUAUUAAAGAAAGCACAAACGAAAGCUAAGCUUGUUUUGAGACUACAAAAGAAAUUUUAAACGCCACAUUGAUGUUCUUGCUACUUAUAAGAGUAACUGCAUCUGGCUGUGUUUUUAUUAUGUUAAUUCCAUUGUGUGUCUUUGGAUGCAGUGAAGUUCAUAUUGUAACAGAAUCACUUAUAUAUGCUUUUCAGCUCAAACAUUCUAGGUGAAUCCUCUCAGUUUACAUAUUUGUAUAUGACUACCUGGAUGGAUCAGUUCGUGGAUGGACUUUUGAAUAAGCUUAGAUGCUGGAACCCAUUCCAUCGAGGAAUGGAAAUAUGCGAGGCAGGUAGACAUGACCCACUCCCACACUUAUUUGUAGCUCCUGAAGCCAAUUCCAGCCUCAGAGCCAUUGGGCUGUGUUUGGCUGUGUAUUACAAGUUGGCCAGAUUUAUUGCCAUCAGGUCCGGCAAAACUGCCUUUUAUGGUGUGGUCUGCCAGCUUCAGAAAUAUGCUGUGUUAUUGUUAUUGGCUAGAAUAUUUAUUAGACUAUUGUUGGACUAUUUUUUAUCAAAUGCUUUACCCCAGGCUUGUUUGUACUGGGAGCUCUGGACCAAUAGUGUCUCUCCUAGUAACAGAAAUAUGAGCAUCUGUGGAUUACACAGUCUUACCCUCUCUAAAGAUCCCAACCCAUCCAAAUGCUAUAUUAUGAAUUAAAAUAAAUAUAUAUGUAUUCAUGA